UGGCCAUUCAUCUGCAGCGGAAAGGACAUAGAAGUAGUUAUGAUGAAAGCGCUUACUUACAGAAGCAAAAUUUAAAAUACAGUCAGAUUCUCUCUUUUUUUCCCCUCCAACGUCUGCCCAUUUCCUUCCACUUUCAGUAUGAGCGGAAGUUUGUUCUGCUGAGCUUUACAGAACCCAUCUCAAGUCUGCCUUUGACUUCUACUCUGUAUGGAGAACGCAUGAAACACACCUGAAAGCGUCGGAGACAUGUUUGCACGGAUUUAAAUGUGUCGCGUUUGGUCGGGAUAGUUUGACAGAUAAGUAUUGGACGACGCGCACUCAGGAAUCCGCUUCUUGGCCGCAAACAGGAGGAAAGCAGGAGGCUUAUAGUGAAAGUCAGCGAGAGGAAACUGUGGACGCACAGAUGGUGUUUCCGUGGGACGCCAAAUACGACCCUGCCCCCGGUCGCCGCUAUACUCCCCCCUCUACCACCCUCGCCUCGGGGGGGAAGAUGGCCGAGGCCCUGCCUCUCGGAGCCCAGGAGGCCGGUGGUGGAGCUGCUCUGGUGGGAAAACUGCGAAUUGCGGACCACGGGAUGGUGGAGGUGAUGCCAGAUCAUCCAGGAGAGCUGGUGAAGACAGACAGUCCCAAUUUUCUGUGCUCUGUGUUGCCUACUCACUGGAGGUGUAACAAGACUCUGCCCAUCGCUUUUAAGGUGGUUGCCCUGGGCGACAUUCCAGAUGGCACCUUGGUUACAAUGAUGGCAGGAAAUGAUGAGAAUUACUCAGCAGAGCUUCGCAAUGCGACAGCUGCAAUCAAGAACCAAGUGGCCAGAUUCAACGACCUCCGCUUUGUGGGCCGCAGCGGAAGAGGGAAAAGUUUCACGCUGACCAUCACAGUGUUCACCAACCCUCCACAAGUGGCCACAUACCAAAGAGCCAUUAAAAUCACAGUGGAUGGUCCCAGAGAGCCGCGGCGUCAUCGUCAGAAGAUGGACGAAGUCAAACCAGGCUCCCUGGCUUUCUCCGAGAGGCUAACAGAACUGGAACAGCUGAGAAGGAGCUCCAUGAGGGUGACACCUCCUCAUCACCAUCAUCAAUCGUCAGCCAACAGUCGCCAACCUCCAACUCUCAACUCUGCCACUUUCUCCAGCCCCACACACACUCAGAUAACUCCUGAUUCCAGACAAAUGCAGUCAUCACCAUCUUGGUCUUACGAUCAGUCGUAUCCUUAUCUUGGCCAGAUAACUACACCCACUGUUCCCACGGCUAAUUCUCUAUCACCUGGUCGCUCUUCUCUCAGUGACCUGUCCUCUCGACUAACAGGCUCUGAGCUCACUGCCUUUGGUGACCCAAGGAUGACCUUAGAACGGCCUUUCAGUUCCCUGCCCUCCUUGCCUGACUCACGUUUUUCUGAUCCCCGGGUGCACUAUCCUCCCACUGCAGCUGCCUUUACCUACACCCCAUCCCACAAUCCAGUCUCCAAUGGUGCACUCGGUAUCACAAUGGCAACAGCCAUGGCCACCACCCCUGCAGGGAGGUACCACACCUACCUGCCUCCACCCUAUCCUGCAAAUGCUCCCCAAGCUCAGAACGGGCCCUUCCAGUCCACCUCCUCACCAUAUCUCUAUUACUCCACUGCCGCUGGCUCCUACCAGUUCUCCAUGAUGACAAGCGGAGCAGGCAGCAGUGAUUCACGCUCACCACCAAGGAUCUUGCCACCAUGCACCAAUGCCUCCACAGGCUCUUCCCUCCUGCACCCCUCUUUACCCAGUCAGAACGAAGGGGUGGGUGCAGAGGUGGAGUCCAGUCACAGUAGCUCACCAACAAACAUGGCUCCUGCUGAAGCUGUCUGGAGACCCUACUAAACGAGCAAUGGCAGAAGCGAAGGGUGCACCCACCCACUUUGUCAUGUGAUGCACACACUGGCAAGGCUGGAACAAAUAAAAUGAAACGGUAACAUCCGGUGGGUCUGCCUACUAACUAGCAAGCAAUAUUGAGUUUCAAGUUAAGCUGCAUGUUAAGACCAGUUUAUGUUAGAACUGGCUAAUGUCGGUACCAAACAUCAUACAACUAGGAGCCAGACGAGUACAGCCAGUAUGAAAUACUGUCACAUCAGGGUCUAUCAAGAUAGGAUUGCUCUCUGUGGAGGAGAAACAACAAACUGAAGACACUGUGGUCGAGCAGGACUGGACUGAUCUCAGCCAAGCAUCCUUUGCGCAGUACCAGGACUUAUUCAUGAUAAUGUGGCUGAUGAUGUGAAUAUAUUAUUUGCUCCUGACAAAUGUUGUGAUGAACUGUUUGUGUUUACUGUAGCAAAUUCUGUCUUUUUAUACAUCAGCAUUCUUUCUCCCUUUUUUCUCAACUAAAGUUCAAGAAAUAUCAUUUUAGACAUGAAAUAGUUUUCCAUUGGCAUUCUCUUAGCUUUUUAAUUCCAUUAUUUCCAUUUCCAAAGUUCACUGCAUUCCAUUAGCAGUGUUCCUCCAAGAUGGUCUUCUCUGUUCUCCAAAUCCACCACCAUUUGAUUUUGAACCAGCAAACCAUCACACCAUUGUAAAAGCAUUGAAUUUGUUCUCAUGACACCCUUUUAGCUAGUAUUUCAUAUUUGUUCCUGUCUGUGUGCAUAUGUGUGUUUGGGUGAGAGCCCAUGUAUUUGUGUGUCUGUGUGUCAUAUUUUCCAGUGAUCCACUACUGAUUUGUACCAUAUAUAGCAAUGACUGUAUAUGACACCCUAAGAUUGUUUUCAUCACCCCUUCCUCUCUCUCACUGCCUCUCAAAUAGACACACAGACUCAGAGAGACAUACAAAGACACACACACACACUUACGUCAUAGUUUGCUAUAGCACUGUUGUGUAUAUUUCAAUUAUAUUGAUGUAAAUAUAA